CAGCUCUAAUUCAUAUACGUGGUGAUUGACGAUAUGUUGGGCGGUCCAAAAAGUAAAGACGUGAAAUUAACGACUCAAGUCUUCCACAGUUUGGACUUAGCCUUACAUGCAAAUUUCGUGUGACAUAUAAUCUAACAAAGGACAUUGGCCAUGAGCACUGCGAUACAAGCGGCUGGGGAUACAAAGGCAGAACAGUUAAAGGCUCAGCUCCCCGGUCAACACGAACAUUCUAACUCGUCACUUUGUAGUGCGCAAAGACCUAACCACCUAUACCGUUUGUUACUGUUCUUCAUUGCCGGCAGCAUCGCGGCCUGGUCGUUUCAUGCCUUAACCUCCUCAAACCUGAGUUGGAAACUGCGGCGGCUUCACCACCUGCCCAACGCCCCCUUUCUACAGACGCGGGAUGAGACCGCACUGUACUCUGUUGAGGAGCUAAAUGCAUUGAAGGAAUUUUACGACAAGAGCAUUAGCGACAGUCUCGGGGCCAGCUACACGGAUGCAGAGCAGACAAACAUUAAGGAGGCGCUAGGGGCUCUGCGACUGGCCCAGGACAUGUACCUGGCGGGGAAGGAUGACAAGGCAGCGCGUUUGUUUGAACACGCCCUGGCUUUAGCCCCUCGACAUCCUGAAGUGCUGCUAAGAUAUGGUGAAUUUCUUGAGCACAACCAACGCAACGUUGUUUUGGCGGAUCAGUACUAUUUCCAGGCCCUGACUCUGAACCCAAGCAACACCGAGGCGCUGGCCAACAGACAGCGCACCGCUGAUUUGGUACAGGAACUAGAUGAGCGCCGCCUGGAGUCGCUUGACUCCAAGCGAGAUGCCCUCUCCGCUAUCCACGAGUCAAACGCAGCUCUGCGACGAGCCAAAAAGGAAGCCUACUUUCAGCACAUCUACCAUUCGGUUGGCAUCGAGGGUAAUACUAUGACGCUGGCCCAGACACGUUCUAUACUAGAGACUCGCAUGGCUGUAGACGGCAAAUCCAUCGACGAGCAUAACGAGAUCUUGGGAAUGGAUCUGGCUAUGAAGUACAUAAAUGCUAGUCUGGUGCAAAAAAUAGAAAUCACUAUUAAGGACAUUCUCGAGCUCCAUCGUCGAGUUCUAGGACAUGUGGACCCCAUUGAAGGGGGUGAGUUUCGGCGAAAUCAGGUUUACGUUGGUGGACAUAUACCCCCCGGUCCUGGUGACCUUUCGCUAUUAAUGCAACGCUUUCAACGGUGGCUUAACUCGGAACAAAGCAGUACUCUUCAUCCCGUCAAUUAUGCGGCCCUCGCCCACUACAAGCUGGUCCACAUUCACCCCUUUAUCGACGGAAACGGACGCACCUCACGUCUGCUAAUGAAUACGUUGUUAAUGCGAGCUGGCUAUCCGCCCGUGAUUAUUCCAAAGAACCAGCGAAGCAAGUACUACCAUUAUCUCAAGCUAGCCAACGAAGGUGACAUUCGACCAUUUGUUCGGUUUAUUGCUGACUGUACGGAAAAAACGCUGGACCUGUAUCUGUGGGCUACCAGCGACCUUCCUCAACAAAUCCCUAUGCUAAUUCAAACGGAAAGUGAAGCCGGAGAGCAUCUGGCUCAAAUAAAGUCUUUGCGCACGGCUCAAUGGUCAUCAACAUCAGAGGACUACGAGUCUGGAUCUGGAUCUUUGCCAUGACCUUACUGGUUGUCAUUAGCAAACAACAUUUUGUUUAUUAUUUAUUAAUCCAAUUUGUAUAUAUCAGUAGAUUGUUCACCUGAACAAAAAUAAUGACGACAACCUGUGAUCAUAGUUAAGCUUUACGACAACCAAACAAUUUAAAAUUUCUGUAACCGAUUUUAGUUUUAAUUGUGGGUUCACUUAAUUAUAAAUCUGCUUACAGAUUUUGGAAACCUACUAAUUCAGGUUUAUGAAAAGUGUUUAUAUAAAGCUUAGAUUAAGUUGAUGUUUAAGCUAUUGUUAGCUUCUAUCGCGGGCCUUGAGCCUGAAGACCAAAUUUAGAAAUUCCGUAAAGAUCGAUGAAUCUUUUUUUCCCACAAUAAACAUAUGUACUUCGCAA